AUGGGUGGCUGUUUCUCUUGCAGAUCAUUUCCAGAUUCCUUUGAUGUUAUUCGCGUGGUUCACUUCAAUGGCUCAGUGCAAGACUUCGAUGAUCCACUCACGGUGGGUGAUAUCACAGGAAAGCCACCUAAGUAUUUUGUUUGUACCCCAUCACAACUUAUUUCCUUCAACUCCUCAGAAGCUCUCUCACCGGAUACUCAACUUCAACGAGGAAAUAUCUACUACGUAUUACCCUUAUCUGCUCUCCAGUGGGAAGCUUCACCGGUUGAUUUUGUUGGUAUAGCAACACGUCUUACCAAGGUUGCUAAACGUUCUGGAUCCAUUAAUCAUGCUAGGAGCCCACAAAGUAGUCCAGUUUUGGAUGUAUUGCAGAGCCUGGGAAGAUCUAAGUCAACACCAGAACGAGUUAAACCGAUUUCUGAAGAGGUUAUUACAAGUGUCGAAUUAAAGGAAUCUGUAGAACAUGUAAAGAUGGAUGAUAAUCAUAAAAUAUCUUACAGAGCUCAGUCAUGGAAACCAAUCCUUGAGACUAUCAAGGAAAAAUCAUUUGGCCGUCGAAGUGAGUCAGAUCUUCCCAGCCCAUUUAUUAAAACACCUAGAUAG